GACCAGGGCAGAGUAGAGGGGAGGAUCACCUCCCUCACCCUGCUGGCCAUUCUCUUCUUAAUGCACCCCAGGAUCCCACUGGCCUUCUUGGCCACAAGGGCACACUGCCAGCUCGUGGCCACCAGGUUGGCCACCAGAACCCCCCAGUUCUUUAGCCUUUCUCCUAGUCCUAUUUCUCUAGCAGCCUCACAUGGCACUGCUGUGCUGGGCCAGAUGUGUACCCCAAGGGAGACCAAAGCUCCUGGCCAGUGUCUGCAGGGCUCCAUGGCACUGGCGCAAUGGGUAACAGCAGCCCUGAGUGCGUGUACCCAGCGAGUGGCAAGUUCACCAGGCAUUGGCUGAGGGUUAUGGGCAGCUACUGCUUCCCUGAUACGUGAACAGGGGUCAUCACAGCUCCACAGAGCAGUCAGCAAGACACUUGGGUCAGGGUGAUAGAAAUAGGAUGGAUGGAAGGUCAGGAGGCCCAGGCAGAGAUCUCCAACAGCUCAAUUCACCUGUGGCUCUACAAACACAGCAUGGCGAGCCUCCUUCAGCUGAAACCUGGGCAUUUUAGGUACUGGUUAUCACAGAGCAAAGCACUCCAAAAACAGCAGAGCAAGAGGCAGGAUGGAAAAAAGAGUAAUAAUGAUCUCUUCUAGCUGGUGCAAAGUGAUGGCACAUCCCAGGCAGCUGGCAGAGAGCAGGCCUCGUGGCUGUAGCAUCUCAAGAAGGACUUGACUUUGUGCAGGAAGCAGGGAAGGAUGCAGUCACCCGAACUGCAAAUGGGAAGAAAAGAGAGACAUGUUGGGUGUUCAAGAGGAUGGGUUUGAUGGGCAGGAGGACCCAGGAUUUGUGAGUUAGUCUGGAUGCACACUUGCCGUGGUUUCCUCUGUGUGACUGCUGCAGUUGGAUCUCCAGCACUGAGCAGCACCUCCCUGGACAGUGAAAUCCCACUGUCUGCGAAAUAUCAGCACGGGAAUCCUUCAGUCACCGCUGAAAUAGAACCACAGCCACCCCAACAGCGAAACCCAUACUCUGUGGUCACUGUUCACCAUCUCCACCUCUUCUUGGCGCUCUUUUCUGCCCACAGACCGACACAGCUGCCUCAUGGCCGGAGGGAACCAGACUCAGGUGACAGAGAUCCUGCUGCUGGGCUUUUCCCAUGGUCGGCCUUUCCUCUUUGUCCUUUUCUUGGCCACGUACCUGGUCACGCUGCUGGGGAACUCCGCAAUACUCACCCUCGUGUGCCUGGACCCCCAUCUCCACAACCCCAUGUAUUUCUUCCUCAGCCACCUCUCCUGCUUGGACAUCUGCUACUCAACGGUGACAGUGCCCAAGGUCCUGGCCGACAGCCUUCGCCCACGGGCAGCCAUCUCCUACCGUGGCUGCCUGGCGCAGACCUUCUUCCUGAUGAGCUGCGCGGGGGCCGAGUGCGCGCUGCUGGCCGUCAUGGCCUACGACCGCUACGCCGCCAUCGUCCACCCCCUGCACUACGCGCACACCAUGUGCUGGGCUGCCUGCAAGGCCGCGGCCGCGGGCUGCUGGCUGUGGGGAGUGCUGGACUCGGCGGUGCACACACUGCUGGCCUCCCGGCUGUCCUUCUGUGGGGCCGUCCGCCUGCGGCACCUCUUCUGCGACAUGCCCCCGCUGCUGAGGGCAGCCUGCGGCAACACGCGGCCCAGCGAAGCGGCCCUGCACGCGGCCAGCGUCUUUGUGGGUCUCGGCCCCUUCCUGCUGGUUGUCGGAUCUUACCUGCGCAUUUUGGCGGCUGUGCUGGCCAUGCCCGUGGCCGCCGGCCGCCACAAGGCCUUCUCCACUUGCUCUGCCCACCUGCUGGUGGUCACGCUCUACUUUGUGACGGCCAACCUCAACUACAACCGGCUCGGCACCAACGACUCGCCGCUGGCCGACAUGGUGGUGUCUGCUCUGUUCUGCAUCGUUACCCCUGCGUUGAACCCCCUCAUCUACAGCCUCCGCAACCAGGAGGUGCAGGCAGCCCUGCGGAGGACCCUGUGUAGGCUGUGGGGCUCCCGGGGCUGUGGGGCUGAUGUGGGGCCUCCUCCUGCUGGGAUCGUGGGCUCAUAGAAUGGCUCAGGUUGGAGGGGUCCUUAAAGACUCUCCAGUUCUGUGGGCUGGGUGCCCCCUACCAGCUCAGGGUGCCCAUGGUCCCAUCCACGGCCUCGGGCACCUCCAGGGUGUAAAAGGGAGAAAUUACAGCAGACUGGGUCACACUAGGUUUGCUGGUUUAUUCAGGUCAAGUCAAAGUUGGGUCACCACCGCAGAAAACGUCAACCUCUUUGUGCUUCAUGAUCACUUAUACAACAUUACCCUUCUGGAUGCGUAGGACUUAACGUUUACAAAACUUUCCAUAGAAUUCUUCAAGUCAUCUACCAAGUCCCAGAUGAAUUACUUAAUCAGCACACUCUUCUCUCCUAGUCUCAUUUCUCAGUUCAGUUUUGGAAGUUUAUCUCCAGGUCAUUGUGUCUCACGCUCUGGUUUUUGAUGGUUCCGAAAAACACAGGUUGUUAUUAAAGGACUUCACAACAGA